GCACGUAGAGAUAGACACACUUUAUUAUUUUGUACAUAUAAAUAAGCUUUAUUGUACACUUGAUUUCAGUAAUUUUUCACUUCCUUCACUUUAAUAUCUUUCUUUGUUCGUUAAAGGGUUGUGGAGGUUUCAGGCGGAGAGAUUUCUUCUUCCGGCGACGUCGUUUAGGUGUUGUUGUGUGGUUGGAUUAUCGAGGAUUUAGGGUUAGGGUUUGUGGAUUUGGGAGUUGAGUGAAACCCUAGAUGUUAUGAAGCAUCGAGUAGCCGUAUCGUUGGGGUUGAGUUGAUCGACGGUCGAGAUCUCGUCACCGGAUGGAGGGAGGUAGCGUCUCUACACUUACUUAUUCUGGGAUAUACAGAUGGAUUACAAUGACAAUGAUUAUCAAAGUCAUUUAGCUGGUGAAGACAGCUCCAAAGUUUCCUCUGUUUUGCAUCCCUAUGCUCUUCCCAAGUUCGAUUUUGACGAUAGUCUUCAGGGGCAUUUAAGAUUUGACAGCUUAGUUGAAAACGAGGUUUUCCUUGGUAUCCCCACUCAGGAAGACAAUCAUUGGAUUGAGGAUUUUUCUCGGGGAAGUAGUGGAAUAGAGUUCAGUUCAAGUGCUACCGAUUCUUGCUCCAUACCAAGACGUAAUAAUGUCUGGUCUGAGGCAACAUCCACAGAAUCUGUUGAAAUGUUAUUGAAAUCGGUUCGUCAGGAAGAAAUGGUUCCAGGGGACACUAUUAUUGAGGAGUCAGAUGCUGGAAAUGAAUUGGGUUGCUUAAUCCAGCCAGCAGAAUCUAGUUUGAAGUUGGAUGAUAAAAGAGAUGAUGUUAAAGACUCUAGCUCAGCAGCACCAGCGGAUGAGUCAGUUGAGUUUAGUGGUUCGUUUUCUAGGUGUGAGAGAACAAAGAUAGAAGGCAUUCAUAUUGUAUGUGCUCCAGAAAGGCAGGAGGUGGAACCUAUUGCUGAUGGAUGUUCUGACAUUGCUGGUGAGACAUAUUCUGGUUUUAAUACUGAGGAAAAGUUACAGACUGAAAUAAAAAGCAUUGAUGAAAAUUUAGGGGAAGUUAAGACAUCACUAAGUGAAUCUCUACCCGAUAAUUCUAAUAGGCAACCAUCCAUUCCUGUAACUGAAAGUGCAAUUAAGGAGUGCCUUACAGAUUCUCUUUCUGCGAGUAUCGAGAUUUUGGCUAGUCAGCAUAAUUCAACCAACUGUGAUAGUGGGAAUACAAGUGGUCUACCAAGUGAACAUCACAAACCAGUAGAGAAACACAUAUCUGUCAGCAAAGAGUCUAGUUUGGGUGAUGGAAAGACGCGUGGAUGUGCUGUUGAUAGUAAAACUUGUACCUCUAAUGCCAGUCCUCCCUCUCUUGCUGCUUCAGAACUGGAUGUAGGUGAAGAGCUUUCAACUGAAACCAGAAUGAUUAAAUCAGAGGAACCUCGUGUGCAGAGGAACGAAUGCAGUCUUACUACUGAGGGAUGCAACGAAGAUACUUCUUAUGUUGAACAUGCUGAAGCGGUUUUCUCAAAAGGCUUGCAAGAUAAACUACUGGCUGAAGGUAAUAGCAUACCAUGUGAGAAUGAGGAGGCGUCUGGAAGUCAGAAUUGCUUAGAUACAAGAGACACUAAGAAUCAAGAAGGCAGCUCCAAGGGUCAGACAGAGAAGGUCUCUGCAAUGCAGAUGUCAGAUGGACUGACUACUUCUACUGAGAAAGAGGAGAAUAAUCUGGAUGGUCAUUCUCCACUUAAUCUUGGCACUUCAGAGGUAUGUACAGUAUCAGAGAUCUCCGAGCCGUCAAAACAGAAUAAUGGUAAUGGUAUCUAUGCUCUAGAAGGUCCGAAUAAUAUACAAGAGACAUCUGUUUCUGCUGAACUCGUGGAGAGGCCAGUAUCUGAGAAUUUAGAAACUGGAAAUGAUGCUGAUAGGGUCUCCGAAGGAUAUGCAUGUGCUGGAGACCACAUCUCCUUGUCUGUGCCUGCUGGAUCCAUGGACAUAUGUAGGGAAACCUUCUCCCAUGUGGUUGAUGUUGAUACUUCUAAUGUGGAUGUCACUGGUGGUAAGCAUAAGGAGGAAGUGCUGCCUGUAGAAACUGAGAUGGUGAGAUCUUGUGUGCGUGACCAUGAGGUUAGAUCCUCUGUGGCAGGAGAAUCUGAACAAAUCUCUGACCAAGGUCAUGGAUCACAAUUUGAAUCUUCCACAUUGAAUAAUCAAGCAUCAGAUGUUGGUUUUGACGGUAGGAACUUAAUCUUAGGUGGUGACCCAGUGAGUGGUCCGUCGCUUUCUGGUAGUGGUGCGAUUGCAACUGAAAUAGUUGAUAACGAUGAAAAGCUGAAGCCAGUGUCAGUAAUGGGAGGGUCAGAUCAUUUUGCAGGAAAGAAAGAAAUGGAAGCUGUUCUAAGCAGGGAAGCAGAAGUGUCAACACUGAAGGAGUCUUCUGAAGGGGCAGGCCAGCUAGGUCCCCUUUCCAACGAUGGAAAAGAUGCAGCUGGUGACUGCCAUAUGGAAAUAAAACCUAUGAUUGUUGAUCAGGAUGUUCUUAUUCAGGAUAAUUCCGAUUCAGCAAGCCACAUUGAGCAAGCAGCAAGUGCUGAAGCAAAUAUUGAGGGUCCUGGUGCUAGAGCUGAGGCAGCCCCUAUUGCAAAGAAUCAGGAGAUGAAAGUAGAAACAAUGAAGUUGGGUAAAGUUGGAGUUGAGGGUAGUUCUGAUGUUAUUGGUGGACUUAAACAUGAUUCCACUUCUGUCCUAAGUUAUACUGCACUUUCACCAAGUGAAAAGAAAACGACCCCGAGUAGAAGUAGAGCUGUAGUUGAGAAGGUUGCUCCCCUUGUCGAUACAACUGAAAUUGGUGGUAUAGUGCUGUCCACCUCCAUAAUUUCAGGAGAAAAAGCUUCCACUAAAACAGAUAGGAGCUUUACUUUUGAUGUAAGUCCAUUGGCUGCUGGUAGUGCCAAGGGAGAAGCUGACAAAUCAAUCACCAGUACUCAAGCCUGCCAACCAACUGAGUUGAAGGCUGGGGAUAGACUGCAUUUGACAUCUGGCAGCAAGCAAACUGAUACUAAGAUCAUGCAGAAAAUUUCUCAUGGUAGUCCCCUGGUACCUGAUAAAGGGACUCCGUCUGGGGGUGCUAAGGGUGAUCGCAAGGGAAGACGUGGCUCAGGGAAAUCAGGUAAAGAAAACCCUAGAAAGGGAAGCCAAUUGAAGGAGAUAAACUCAUCGAAGCAGUCGGAUAGAGGAGACAAUUCUUGUGGUCAGUUUAGCCCCUCUGUGGCUGUGCAAAAAAAUCAAUUUGAAACUGGAACUGGAACUGCUGAGCGCAAUAUUACAAAGUCCAGCGGGGUUGUUUCCUUUCCAACUUCAAGUUUACCUGAUUUAAACACUUCUUCUGCAUCCGUAUUGUUUCACCAACCUUUCACAGAUCUACAACAAGUGCAACUGCGAGCUCAAAUUUUUGUUUAUGGGUCUCUGAUACAAGGUACAGCACCGGAAGAAGCUUGUAUGGUUUCAGCUUUUGGGACAGCUGAUGGAUGCAGAAGUCUUUGGGACCCUGCAUGGCGUGCUUGUGUUGAAAGGAUUCAUGGACAGAGAUCUCGCUCUGUAAACAAUGAAACUCCAUCUCAUCCACGUUCAGGUCCCAGAACUCCAGAUCAAGCAAACAAACAGGCCGUGCAUCAAAAUAAGGUUACUACUUCGGCAGCCGGGCGAGCAGGCGGCAAGGCUUCCAAUUCACCUGCUGUUAGUCCUAUGAUACCACUUUCAUCCCCUCUUUGGAAUAUGGCUACCCCUUCCCGUGAUGGGCUAUCAUCCGCUAGAGGAGCCCUGAUUGAUUAUAAGGCACUUCCUUCUAUGCAUCCCUAUCAGACUCCCCCAGCACGAAAUUUUGUGGGGCACACUGCCUCUUGGCUACCACAAGCCCCUUUUCCUGGUCCCUGGGUUGCUUCUCCACAAAAUUCUCCAUUUGAUAUUAGUGCACAGCCUCCUGCAUUGCCUGUUACAGAGUCUGUGAAAUUAACCCCGGUAAAGGAGUCAUCCUUAUCGAUUUCUGCUGGUGCAAAGCAUGCACCGCCUGGUUCGGUGGCUCAUGCUGGGGAUAGUGGUAUCCAGUCUGGAGCUUCUCCGCAUGACAACAAGAAGGCCCCAGUGUUGCCUGCUCAGUGUUCAGCUGAUCAGAAAUCCAGAAAGAGAAAAAAGGCAUCUGGUACUGAGGAUCGUAUCCAAAAAUCUAAGCUUGGCACCUCUUUUGAAUCAGUUACUGCCCCUGUCAUUUGUACUCAGUUAUCAAAUAAGGCUCCUGCAUCUGAUGACUUUGGCCAGUUAUCAUCAAUUGCUGUGGCACCGUUGGUUGCUCAUAGCCAGACAGGACCUACAUCUGUUCCCAUAAUUGGGGGCCAUUUUUCUACAUCAGUUGUCAUCGAACCACCUUCUAGCUCUGCACCUAAAAACAAUUCUGAUAUACCAAUCACCUCCGCCCCAUCUUCCACUGAGCUCUCUAAGAGAGAGCUUGAUUUAGGAAAAAAGACUCCAACUUUGGAAUACUUGAGCAAAGUUGAGGAGGCUAAGCUGCAGGCAGAGGAGGCUGCUGCAAAUGCUACUGCUGCAGUCAGUCACUGCCAAGAUGUGUGGAGCCAGUUAGACAAGCACAAACACUCUGACUUGGCAUCAGAUGUUGAGUUUAAGCUGACAUCUGCUGCCGUUGCUGUAGCAGCUGCUACUUCUGUUGCAAAGGCCGCAGCUGCGGCUGCUAAGCUUGCAUCAAAUGCUGCAUUGCAAGCUAAACUGAUGGCGGAUGAGGCAAUGAAAUCAUUUGGUGUGAGUAAUCCUUCUAAAACCCAUGCCGCCUCCUUCCCUAAUAUUGUGAACAACUUGGGGAGUGCCACCCCUUCUUCUGUACUGAAAAGUCAGGAUGUUGACAAUGGUUCUAGUUCAAUUAUAUAUGCGGCUAGGGAGGCGUCGAGGAGAAGGAUCGAAGCAGCUUCAGCUGCAUCAAGGCAUGCUGAGAAUUUGGAUGCCAUAGUUAAGGCUGCGGAACUGGCAGCUGAAGCUGUGUCACAUGCUGGGAAAGUUGUUGCGUUAGUUGAUCCUUUGCCUCUGACUCAAUUAGUGGAAGGUGGUCCAGAUAGCUACUGGAAAGUUCCCCAAACACUCUCUGGGCAGGGUGUCAAGCCUAACAAGGUAAAUGGGGAUGAAUCGGGUAUUCCCAAUGUCGAAAAGACUCCUGGCAUGUUUUCCAAGCAAUCUGAGGGUCCAUCUGUUGAAGAGAUGCAUCACAUGGUUCCUGCUUGCCAGACUACUAGUGUAUCUGGUAAUAUCAUAGAGGACAACAUGAGGAAUGAUGAAGUUACUCAAACUCCUGUUACAGGUGUUGAAAAAGAUGUAAGAGGAGUAAAGGGUCAUAUUAUGUCAGAGGUGAGUAAGACUGUCGGCGUAGCUGCUGAGUCAUCCCAUGAUCUGGUUGAAGCAUGUGGAGAUUUGGCAAGCUCCAGGAUGCAAGAGGGUUCCCUCGUGGAGGUUUUUAAAGAUAGUGAUGAUGGUAAGAGAGCCUGGUACUCAGCCAAAGUGUUGACUUUAAAGAACGGAAAAGCUCUUGUUUGUUUCACUGACCACCAGUCUGAUGAAGGGCUUGAACAGUUUAAGGACUGGGUACCUCUAGAUGCUGGAAGUGAUGAACCACCAAGAAUACGUCCUGCGCAUCCAGUGACUGCUCUGCAAGGAGGAAAAAAGAGACGAAGAGCAGUUGUUAAGGAGCAUACAUGGUAUGUUGGAGAUAGAGUUGAUGCAUGGAUCGACUACCGCUGGCGGGAGGGUGUCAUUGCUGAGAAGAACAAAAGGGACGAGACUACAUUUAGUGUCAACUUUCCAGCUUAUGGAGAUACUGCAGUUGUCAGAGCAUGGCAUCUCCGACCAAGCCUUGUAUGGAAAGAUGGAGAGUGGGUUGAAUGGCCCAGAUCAAGACAUGACUUCUUGUCCCAGGGUGAUACACCUAAGGAGAAGCGAGUGAAGCUGGGCAAUCCUGCUAGUGAGGAUACUGGAAAUGAUGGUCUGUCAAAAAAAAUGGAACCACUGGUGCCAGUGACAAACGAAUCAGCAACAUUGCUUCCUUUGUCUGUCACUGAAAAAACAUUUAAUAUUGGUAGUAACAAAGAUGACAGUAAGCCCAACACACUUCGAACAAUGAGGUCUGGUUUGCACAAAGAGGGAUCAAAAGUCUUUGGUGUUCCUAAGCCAGGAAAGAAAAGGAAGUUUAUGGAAGUAAGCAAGCAUUAUGUUUCAGACAGAGCAACUAAGAGUAAUGCGGCACCGGCACAUGGUUCAGCCAAGUUCACAAAAUAUUUGAUGCCUCAAGCAACAGGCACUGGUGGAUGGAAAACCAAUUCUAGAACUGAUCUGAAGGAGAAACAACAAACUAUUGAAGCUCGACGGAAACUUCCUAAACCAAGUAAGCCUCCUAGUUCAGCUAGAACUUUGAAGGAUAAUAGUAUUACAUCCACUGGAGAUGCUAGUGGAGCUGACCACACGGUAGGUGAUGCAAUUGAGGAUGCUAAGCAUGAAGCACAACAGCCUAAUGUGGGCAAUUUUGUGUCAAAUGCGGAAGAAGGGGCUGAAGGUCCCUUGAAAUUUCGUUCAGAAGCUCUUCCCACCAACAUCCCAAAGAAAGCUUCCACAUCAUCUAACAGAGGGGAGGGCAUGAAGAAGAGAAUCCCCAUAUCCAAUUUGAAGUCGAGCAAAAUUGAAGUAAAGGACAAAAUGAUGCCUGAAGUCAAUGAACCCCGCAGAUCAAACCGAAAGAUUCAACCAACAUCAAGGUUAUUGGAGGGACUACAAAGCUCGUUGAUUAUCUCUAAGCUUCCAUCUGUUUCACAUGAUAAAAGUAGCAGAAGUCAUAGCAGGGGUGCAUCAAGGUAAAUAGUGAAGGGGGAGAGUGCUUUCAAAUGUUUCUGCUCAGCCCGGGUUAUCAUCAAGAUGAUCAGGAUGCCAGUGUUUGAUGUUUUCCUGUACAUUUAAUUAUAGAGUUGAAAAUUGGGAAAGGGAAGUUCUCACUUCCUGGCUGUAAAAUUUAGGCAUUAGAUGUUCAUAAUGAUUUAGUCCUUUACAGAAUUUGUGAAGGACUGUUCUAGCCGGAGUAGGUUGUAAAUGGGAUUGUCGAUGUCAGUUUUUAAAAAUUGCUAGAGUUAUUCUGAAACAAUCUUAAUCUUCAAAUAUUUGCAGCCUUCUCACCCAACAAGUUUUGCAGAUUGAUGUU